AUGGCUCGGCAGUCUUCUGCUCCACCUGAUUACUCAGGAUUUUAUGGGGACGAUGUGGAUCCCGAUCCUGACCAAAUCAACGAGCUUGACGAGGUGUCAAAAAUGCCAACAAAAGUCUUGCUUCCUUCGAAGAAAGCUACACCCAAACCAUCGAUUUCUGGUCCUGUAGAAAGGGAGUCAGAAGACGAGAUCGUUGACGGACGGAAAUGGAGCCGAGAGGAGACUUUUACGCUGCUAGACAUCAUGAAGAUUAUGUUACCUCAGUUUUCCCUGCCAAAUGUGAAAAAAGCAACCCUUUGGAAAAAGAUGGCUGAAAAAAUGAAAAAGCAGGGCAUAUUCAACCGUUCUGACGCAGAUUGCAGUGCAAAGUGGCGCAACCUUAAGCAGCGCUACCACAAGCUGACUUCCCCGUUGCAAAAUAAGUCCUCCCAACGCCAAGCUGAAUGGCCAUUCAUGGCAAAAAUGGAUGUGUUAUUAAAAAAUAACCCUGUCGUCACCCUUGAACAAGUAGCAGAGGUUGUUGAUGGCGAAGUACGAGAAGCCAAGGGUAUAACACUGGCCGGCCGUCCAGAAAAGAAACUUUGA